AUGAACAACAACAACAAUAAUAAUAAAAGACAAGCCAAAAUUUCGGCGUUAAAAACCAAAAUUGCAAAAACGAAAGAUAGAAAACCAGGUUUCUAUCAUUCUACAACUUUCCAUAACAUCGAACGCAUGACCAAGGACUGUGUAGACAGCCUUGAAAAAAGUAUGCACGAUGGCAUAGUAAAAUAUGUUUUGGAAAAGUUAAACAAUAGUCUAAAUGAGUUUCAAAACCGAAUGAGUGAAGAAGCUUUGACCUCAAAAAUUAAGAAAAAUUUCUCUAGAUUCUAA